UUGUCCUGUCUUCUGCUAGCAUGGGGGAAAGGGAGGAAUUUGAAGGUUUUGUUUGGAAGGAGAUCCUUGUUUGGAAUUAUUGGAAUUAUUAUGAAGGCCAGUUGCGAAGAACGUGGGUUACGUUAUAGGAUUUUAAAUUUUGUUGCAUAUUGUUAGCAUAGUGACUUAAAUCCAGAAUGCCUUGGUGCAACAUGAAUGUCGGAUUGCGAGAUGUGCACUUUAAAAAUCAAGAUAUUCCUCAACUUCGAUCUGAGCUGCUGCUCAGCGGAGAACUUUUUGAAGAUCCUUGUUUUCCUGCUGACCAGUUGUCUCUAGGUGAUGUUGUGGUUGAAAAUGUUGUGUGGAAACGACCUAAGGAUUUGUGUCCUAAUCCCCAACUGUUUUCAUCUGCUCCGACACAGUCGGAAGUUAAACCGGGUAAGAUGAGCAGUCCGUGGGUUGUAUCAGCAAUAUCUGUGUUGGGAGGCAUGAGAGAAUUAUUCUACAUGGUCAUGCCGGAUUCACACAUGCAGGAAUGGAGGGAUGAUCCGUCCUAUGAGUACAUAGGACUGUUUUACUUCUGUUUCUGGCAUUAUGGGACUUGGACUUUUGUGACCAUUGAUGACAGGCUUCCAACUGUUGAAGGUGAACUCCUUUUCACUCAAUCUACUGAUAAUGGAGAGUUUUGGAUUCCUCUGCUGGAGAAGGCAUAUGCUAAAUUACAUGGAUCGUAUCAAAAUCUGGAUUAUGGGCAUGUGACUAAUGCUCUUGUAGACUUCACUGGUGGAGUUGCAGAGACAUAUGACUUAAAUAUUGACGAAAAUGAUUCUAAUGGCCAAUUAAAUCACUUAAUGGAAAGUAUCAAUCAUGAGCUAAGUAAUCACUCCAUCGUCUGCCUAAAAAUAAAUCACCCUCAUGUUGAAGAAGAGAGUGAUAGGAAUGAUCUUGGAUUAACCCGAGGAGCUGUUUAUCAGAUAAAUGGAGCCAAGUAUGUUUCCCUUGGAGAAUCAAGAUUACAAAGUAUUUUCAGCAAUAGGAAUCGGAUAGGCAUGGUACGACUUCGUGGUACUCCUCCAGAACAACAAAUGGGAAGCCCAGUUAGUCAGAAAAGCUCAGGAUCUCUUGCAUAUUCUGCUACCAUGCUGUCUCGUCUAUUAUCUCGCAAUCCUAAGUGGACGCAGGUUAAGGAGACUGAGCAGCAGCGCAUGGGCCUUGGUCUGGACCAUGUUGGAGAAUUUUGGAUGCCCUUGGAUGAUCUAAUUGUGUUUAAUGAAGUCAUUAUUGUGCACUUCUAUACGAAGAAUGUUUAUGCACUCAGAUUAAGGUGGAAGGAAGCUUCAAUAUUGGGGCAUUGGAGUGAAGGAGUUAAGGGAACAUCAUCUGACCGUUGUGGUGGAUGUCUUGAAUUUCAUGAAACUUACUUAAGGAAUCCUCAGUACAUAUUUGAUGUAUCAAAGCAGGAAGAAAACCUUGUUGUACAGCUCCUUCAAUGGCAAGGGAAGGAUAAUGAAAAAUUGAUUACACAUGAACGGUUGCCUUUCCUUAUUGGGUUUUUCAUUAUAAAGGUAGAGGAGAACCGCAGUUAUCGUUUGUCCAAACAAUGGGACUUCAACCCUACUGUAGUCACUGUACACCCUUUAAGAAAGCGACAGCUUUAUUAUUGUGGUACGCUGGGGAGAGGUCGCUAUAUCAUAGUUCCACAUACUUACAAACCUGGGGAGUUGGCCGGUUUCAUGCUGAGAACCUUUGCAAAAGCUAACAUCAAUUUAAGGGAAUUGAAAAAGAAUGGUCCAACUCAGCAUUGGCCUAAAUUCCUAUUUAGGUACCCUUCUUUGACGACUGUUAUUGUCAUAGAAUCCUUGAACAAUGUGUCGAGCAUGAAAGGCACCAACAUGUGGAUUAAGCUUAAAUGUGAGGGAAAGAAGGCUAAAACCUUAAAAUCUCAAGAUUCCAAUCAACCAUCAUGGAAUACUGCAUUCGUAUUUUAUAGAGCACAUCCCGAUAAACCAAUCAGUGUUCAGCUGUUUUCCCAGAAAUGGCAAUGCUUCCACACACUUCUUGGUCAAGCAGAACUACCUGCUGUCACUAACCGCUCUCUCUGCCCCUUAGAAGUAGCCUUGAGAGACAAAGGGGGUGAGCCUACUGCGACAGUAUUGUCUCUUAAAAUCUUGACCAUUGACAGUAUUUUGCAGUGUUGACAGCUAAAAGUUGGUAGCUUAAAAAUAUCAAUUUUUAAGAAUCGCACUGUACAGUAUUACCAAAGUUAUGCGCAUUCACUGAUAAAUUAUUAUAUUAAUUUUGUGGUUUAUUACUAGUCCAAAGCAGGUCACCUUUUCGCCUGUACAUUAAGACGUUUUACACAUUGAUUUUUGUUCUGUAUUUUAUUUUAUAUUUUGAUACUAACAUUUGUUUUUUUAUGAAGAUGACUAUGUCAGUAACAUACUGAUCUGAUUAGAAUAUUGAGCAUUAUUCUGUGUAUUUGAUUCAAAAGUAUAUAUUUGUAUUGUAUCCGAAGGAGCCCUGGAAGCCUAUUUGGUGCCUUACUUUGCAAUGUAGGAAAUAAAAGUAAGUAAGUGCAAGAGGAAUGCCUUACAUACUUUGUAACAUUUCUUUGAAUCGUCCACUUUCUUUAAACUUCAAUCUGUGCCCUUCAUUUUGAACAUAGUACUGGUCUGUAGAUAUGCUCACCCAGUGCCUUGCAAAUCAUCAAUGGAACUUCGUAAACUACAUUUCCUUUUCAUGUGUUUUAGAAGUAGAAUAGAUUUAAAUAAAAAAUAAAAUGUUCAGAGCACUGUGUGGAUUAAAGAGUAGAUCUUAGUAAACAUAUUGGAGUCUGGUUUUGCUAUCCAUUUUAGUUAAGAAAUAUUGUACUUUCAUUUGUUAUGUUCUUUACCUAGUGUGUUCACUAUCAAAUGUAGUUAGUGUGUGGUUUCAGUUUCCUUUUGUUUGACUGAUGGGAUGCCUUAUUUUAAUUGAAUUUGCUCUAUCUUGUGAUACUCCAUUUUUAUUGUGCUCAGUGAUCGACUCCGCACAAAAUGCAUUUAUUUGCUCUUCCACCUGCCUUUUACUUUAGUGUGCAAGAGCCAUGCAACACUUCAGAUUUGUUUUUGAUGCACCUUUGGAGAGAGAAGUAAAGCUCUCUAGUAAUCCAUCCAUAGAUAUAUUUAAUGUUAUGUUUUGCUUUUUCUUCUCUUCUGUGAUAUUGAAGCUGUCUACUGUAUUGGAAAAACACUGCUUCCCCAAAUAAAACUUUGUUCUAAGUUGAAGAAAUAUUAAAAUUAUUUUGAACAUUU